AUGUUCAAAAAAUUAAUCCAACGCAAGAAAGGAGACAUUCACAUUUAUGGAGCAAACCCUUCUGCAGAAGAAGCUGACGAGGGCACCGACGAGACUGUCUCAUCCGGGGUUGAUAUCGUUUUGAACCAUAGAUUGUGUGAAUCGUUCGCUUUUGGAGAUAAGAAGUCUUAUACUUCAUAUCUUGAAGACUACAUGAAAAAACUGGUUGCCAAACUGGAAGAAACCGUUCCUGAACAAGUAGAUGUAUUUGAAACAAAUAUGAACAAAGAUAUGAAGAACACCUUAGGCAUGUUUAUGGAGCUGCAGUUUUCCACAGGCGAGUCUAUGGAAAUCAAAGGAAUGGUCGGACUCAUGGAAUACAGGGAAAUCAACGGCGAUUUUGUUCCAGUCAUAAUGUUUUUCAAACAUGGACUGGAAGAGGAGAAGUUUCAGUGAUAUUUUUAA